AUGGCUAUCAAUUAUGACGACGCGCCUGAGGUGGCUCCUUUGUCGGCUGCCCCCGAGGUUUAUACCCCUGGGAUGCAACAGGCGACUGGCGGACAAUCACCAGUAUUCAAAGCUGAAAAGUACUCAGGCUACUCGAGUCCGCCAAACUAUAACCCGACUCCUGUUUAUCCGAACGCAUACGGUAGCUAUCGAGAACUGCAGCUAGAGGUAAAGGCGGACGCUACUAGCAUUCAACCUCUGACGAUCGAGCCCGAGAAGAAAGAAAAGAACGAAACGAAAAAGGGUAUCUGUGGGUGCUCUCUGCUGGUUCUUGCCCUGUCGGUGAUUAUUGCUGUGCUCAGUAUUGUCGUGAUUGGGUUGGCGGCAGGAAAUGGAAUCGCCUCGAACAACUAUAAUGAUGCGAACUUGAAACUGGAAGCAUUGAGCUCCUCCUAUUAUUCGAUUUUAGGAGCAGCCACCACUACCUGUAGCUCUUCUUCCGCUUCAUCCGGCCUUUCGUCUACGUCUACGUCCACAUCCUCUUCCGCUGCUGCCACUGCAACAGGUUAUUCGAACAUUACCAAUGGCUGCUCAGGUGACGAUGAGACGACUACUGGCAAGAUGUACACAUCGAAAUUCUAUGACAAGACCUCUUAUACCAUGUACUGCCACCGCGACACUCCGAACACGCCACUAUUUUCACUCUUCGCUGGGGAUUUCAAUGGUUGCAUGGAGGCCUGUACUGCCUGGAACAGCUACCCGGAAACGAAUCGCACCACCUGUGAAGCCGUCAGCUUUAUCCCUUACUGGUCCGUUAUUGCCAACGCAAAGGCAGGUGGUGCUCCGGGUGAUUGCUACCUCAAGCCCGGUCCUCAGAGCAAAGGAGACUUGUCAGAGCCCGAUAUUGGCGCCGAUACCGAAUACCAUUGUGCUCUGCGGGAAGAUUGA